CCUCGGCAUAAGAACUUCAUGUCUGCAACUUUUCCCAGAGUUAAGUUGCUUGAUAAUGCCAUCAUCAUCUUUCUGUAUCUUGAAUGUUUUCUGCCUCCAGCAAGCCCUCUCUCCUUUUGACAAGCCUCCUCUCCUCCGAUGUUUACAGACGAAUGGACAGACAGUACUUAGAAUGAACAACUCAACCGCCCAACAUCAGGGACAAAAUGGUGCCGUUUCCAAGACACAAGAGGCGAGCCAGGCGGCAUGCAACGCCCGCGUUGUCAUUCUGUACAAGUGCAGUUUGUCUCCGCAGCUUCGCAAACGGGCAGAAACCGAACUUGGCGAAAACCACCUCGUCCGGAAACUGGCCUUCGAGGCCCUGCGGCACCAGAUGAGGACGCGGCCGGACAUCCACUUCGCGCAGGACGAGCGCUUCCUGUUGAGAUUUCUCCGCGCCAAAAAGUUCGAGGUCGAUCGUGCCUUCAAGGCCCUCGUCAAGUAUUACGAACUGCACAAGAAACACCCGGACUUUUUUCAGGACUACAAGAAAUCCUCCAUCAAACACGUGCUCGAUGACGGAUUCCCAAUGGUCCUAUCUUCGCCAGAUCCAGAGGGACGACCAAUAGUAGCACUCAGAACAAUCAAUUGGGACACGAAUAACUACGGCGCCGUAGACAUUGUUAAGGCUCUCUUCAUGGUGAUGGAGGACCUGAUGGAGGCCGAGGAAGCACAGAUCACAGGGAUCAACCUCCUGGUGGAUCUCGAAGGCAUGGGAACGCAGCACGUCAUGCAGAUGGGUCCCAACCUGGCGAGGAAAGUCACCUCCAUAUUUCAGAAUUGUGUUCCUGUUCGACUGACUGGCAUCCAUUUCGUGAACGAGCCUGUGGUAUUCGACGCUGCAUUUACGAUUCUGAAGGCAUUCAUGGCAGACAAAAUGAAACAAAGGGUCAAGGUACAUGGCAGGGACUUCGGCAGUCUUCACCAGCACUUCCCGGCGUCGAUUCUCCCAAGCGACUGGGGAGGUAGCCUGGGACGCUACUCGAACGUCGACUGGAGAGACAGGUUUCUCGCCCAGGACCGAGACUUUGCGCCUGCUGCCGACGAGGGAAUCCUCCAGCAUGCCAAGAAGUCCAAAGGUCACUCAAAGAAGGACUCGCUAGGCUCGUCCAAGAAACUCUUCAAAAAGGACUCGGGCAAAGGCACAACUUGAUACAGCUAUAAUCAGCCACAAAAUGAUGCUUAAAUUUUGCUUAAUAUGCACGAAUGUAUGCUUCUAUUCAUGGGAUAACAAAUAUAACAUCAACUCUUUAACAUAGGUGUGCAUAUCAGGGUGCGGGGUCCUGGUCUAGUAUGAACCGUGAAGGUACUUUGACAAGAAUAAAAUCAGUGUAGGUAUAAAUCAAGCAAGAAAGCUUGAAGGCUGGAAGUGCAGGGGAUUUGAGUGACACAAAUGUGUCUCGGUAAUUGCGAAUCCUGAAACAUGUACAUGUAAAACUGAAUAGAACAAAGGACACUCGUUAGAGACUAGUCUGCAAGUAAAAUGAGCGGUCCCAUAUUAAAUUAGUACAGCUUAAAAGGAACCAGGAAAUAGAAAUAUUUUUAUAAAUUUUACUAAAAACCUUUUAUA